AUGUCCCAUCCACUUUCAAUCCUCUCCAUCGAGGAGACCAACCUGGCGCGCGACGUGGUUAAGGCAGCUCACCCCAAUGUUGUGAUCGAUUUUCGAGAGAUCUUCUUAGAAGAACCACCCAAAGCUCAACUCCUGGAGUUUCUAGCAAUCGAACAUGCAGGUCGUUUGAGCCCAACUACCCCUCGGCCCCCACGUCUAGCUCUGUGCCAGUACGAUGUGAUUGGAUCCGACCGCAUUCCACAGUUCCACGAAUCCGUGAUCGAUGUGGUUUCGCGAUCGCGUGUGAAGCACACGGUGGUGGGGAAAGAACACCAUGCCAGUCUGACUCUGAGCGAAUUCGAUGUCCUCGUCGAUCAAUGUCUGAAAUCGCCUCUGUUCCAGAAAGCGAUCUCCGACUUCGAUCUGCCCGAAGGUUUUGAGGUCGUCAUUGAGCCAUGGCCUUAUGGGGGGUUGGAUCACACCGAUGAAAACAGACGCUUUUUCCAGGCCCUUUGCUUUGCUCAGGAUAAGCGAUCGGGAAACGAAGACUCGAACUUUUACUCUUACCCGUUGCCAAUUAUCCCCGUGAUGGAUGCCCAUACCCAGCAGAUCAUCCGGGUGGAUCGACCUGCUACUGGCGGCAAGGGCGAUGGUCUGUUGGAACAGACGUUCAAGCGCGAUAUUAUUGGCCACUGCAAGGCCUCCGAGUACAUCCCAGAGCUGUUACCUGAGGGUACUCGCAAGGAUCUCAAACCACUGAACGUGGUCCAGCCUGAGGGUCCCUCCUUUCACGUAACCAACGAGUCUCUGGUUGAAUGGCAGAAGUGGCGUUUCCGCGUCGCAUUCAACCCGCGGGAGGGUGCAACCAUUCACGACGUGUCGUAUGAUGGUCGCAGUGUGAUGCAUCGACUAGCAGUGAGCGAAAUGACUGUCCCAUACGCCGACCCUCGACCCCCCUUCCAUCGGAAACAGGCCUUUGAUUUCGGCGAUGGAGGUGGUGGAAACAUGGCCAACAACCUCUCUCUUGGUUGUGACUGUCUUGGCGUCAUUAAAUACUUUGACGCCGUCAUUACCCAGGCAGAUGGCACCGCCCAGAAGCUUCCGAAUGCAAUUUGUCUCCAUGAGCAGGAUAAUGGAAUUGCCUGGAAGCACUCUAACUGGCGCACUGGGCGUGCUGUGGUCACACGCCACCGGGAGCUUGUUGUCCAGUUCAUUAUCACAUUGGCCAACUACGAAUAUAUCUUUGCGUAUAAGUUCGACCAAUCUGCAGGAAUCACGGUCGAAGCCCGCGCAACGGGCAUUCUGAAUGUGGUUAAUAUCGACGCUGGUAAGGUCAGUGAUUAUGGAAAUGUGGUCAGCGGUGGUGUUCUCGCCCAGAACCACCAGCAUAUUUUCAAUGUACGAAUUGACCCAGCCAUCGACGGACCCCACAACUCGGUGGUCGUGGAGGAAUCACACCCAGUUGCAAUGAAUGCGGUCACGAACCCGAACGGCAAUUUCUAUGAAAUCACCAAGCAGACCGUUGAGCGUUCGUCUUGGAUUGACGCUGCUCCGCAGCUCAAUCGGACCAUCAAGAUGAUCAAUCCCCACAAGAGGAAUGCCAUCAGUGGUAAUCCCGUGGGUUAUAAAUUUAUUCCCAUGGCCACUCAAUCUCUGCUGGCCGAUCCAGCAUCGGUUCAGGCUCGCCGGGCACAGUUUGCGCAACAUCACGUUUGGGUGACGAAGUACCGCGACGGAGAGCUUUACGCUGGCGGACGUUAUACUUUGCAGAGUCAGAACGAAGUGGGUGGUGUCUCGGAUGCUGUUCGCCGAGGUGACUCUGUUGUCGAUACUGAUGUCGUGGUGUGGAACUCGUUUGGUAUUACCCACAAUCCCCGCGUUGAGGACUGGCCCGUAAUGCCUGUGGAAAUCUUCCAGCUCAUGAUUCGGCCUGCGGAUUUCUUCGAGGCGAAUCCCUCCAUUGAUGUCCCUUCAAAUAAGAACGUAUCGUCACGACUGGCUGAUUCGGAUUGCUGUCGUAAAUCUCACAUUUGA